AUGUCAGUGAGCACACUCCUCCUAGAGUCAUUCCAGGGCCUUUUCGACAAGUUGCCGCAGCAAGUGCAACGCACCUUGUUACUUCCCACGGUACAGAAAGGCCUUGCGUUGCUAGCCACGUUCCAGGCACUCAGAACUUUUAAUGGCUACCUCUCCCGAGGUGCACAGAACAACUGGACUCGAGUUGCAUCAUGGGAACCUAGUAAGGAGUUGGUGUUGCUUACUGGUGGCGCGAGCGGGAUUGGAAAGCAAAUAAUGAAGGAUUUGGCGCAGUUGAAAGUCAAGAUUAUUAUCAUAGACGUGCAGGAGCCAGAUUUUGCACUACCUUCGAAUGUCUUCUUCUACCGAGCCGACAUCACGUCCUCUUCUGUAGUCAAAGAAGUUGCAGGGAGAAUCCGGAAGGACCACGGAGAUCCAACAAUUCUCAUCAACAAUGCAGGUGUCGGGUUUGGUGGUACAAUUUUGAGCGAACCAGAAGAACAGAUACGCCUCACCGUUGAAGUUAAUCUUCUCGCUCAUUUCUGGACUGUGAGGGAGUUCCUACCUUCUAUGAUUCAAAAAGAUCAUGGUCACAUAAUCACUAUUGCGAGUCUCGCUAGUUUUGUCACCCUUGGAGAAACCGUCGAUUACGCUAGUUCCAAGGCUGCUGCUCUUGCUUUUCACGAAGGGCUUACCCAAGAGAUCCGGCAUUGGUACAAGUCAAAGAAAAUCCGGACAAGCAUUAUCCACCCUCUAUGGGUUCGUACUCCCUUGAUCGAUACUCUUGUUCAAGCCCGCAAACAUUUUAAACAGCCAGUCAUGAGUCCGGAGAAAGUAUCGUCCGCUGUUGUGAAGCAGAUUGUUUCUCGCUCGGGUGGCCAAGUUAUAAUUCCAAGUUCAUAUAAUGGCGCAUCUCUCCUUCGCGGACUACCAAACUGGAUCCAGGAAAUGGUAAGGGAUAAAGCCUCGAUGACCCUUGUGACGCUUCGGGAACUUGAAAAUCAGAUCGACGCGGGAGAAAAUAUCGAUUCUUGA